AUAAUAUUUGGGAUAACCUAAGGAUCAAUCCUUAGUUAAGGAUAUUAAGGACUAAGUCCUUAAUGUGUUGGCAGCUUCCGAUUGGUGAGGCGAAAGGUUGUGUUAAAAAAAAAAUCAUUCAGAUUCGCUAGGAAAAAAAAAAACCAAACGGCGGAAGGAAAGGCGACUCGUUGACGAACGAUGAUGGCCCCUGGUUUAGCGACUUGAUCGCCGUAAAUCUUGACGCCGAGUAUUUGACAAGGAGAAUCACGACCGUUCUUAGUACUUCCGGCUCCUUUCUUGUGCGCGGAUUCAAUCGUCAAUGGAACCGGAGCUUGGAGUUUUUCCAAAGGGAGAGUCACGGUGAAGGAGUGGGACAGGAACGGUUUAGAACACUGACGAGCUUUUACUACAGAGGCGCCCAAGGAAUCAUUCUCGGAAAAACGAUCAAAUCGACGGAGUCCGUCCGCCUCUAUCUCGUGUCCAUCGUCGAUGAAAUCGACGGUACUCUCCGCGUGUCGUUCGCUCUCCUCAUCGCCUCCGUGAAUCCGUCGUCGUCGUGAUCUGUCCUCGAGAUGAUCUCUCCUCGAAGGAAUCGAUCGAAGAAGAUGAUCUCUCCUCGUUUCUCUCGCUCUCCAUGAAUCUCUCGACUCUCUUUGUGUUUUAAUUAAUUAGGAUUUGAGUUUUGAAUCAAUCUCUGAACCAGGGUGAUAUGAUUGCUCCUAUUCUCCAUGGUAAAGUAUCAACCAACAUUAGUAGUAGCCCACAUCAGACUAAUCAGCCAUGUAUCGUAAAUUGUAGCAAAGGACGUGAAUCUGAGAUUCAACGAGCACUUGCGUUACAGCAUGCUUUAGAUGAGAAGGAAAUGGAGCCUGAGAUGCUAAAGAUUGUCAAGGGUUCAAAGACAAGAGUGCAAGCAAUGGUGGAUGCAGCUAUCAAGGCUGCAUCAUCCUGUGUUGCCUCUUGGUUAAUGAUUCAGGAACCAGUGAACUUGAUUCUUAAGCACACCAAGAGAGAGAUAAAGAGCAGUUACAAGAUAAAGAGCAGUUUACAAGAUUCUUCUUCAACCUCCAUGACGUCGAUUCCUGAGCACACCAAGAGAGAGAUAAAGAGCAGUUACAAGAUUCUCUCGCCUGACACGAGAACAAUGGUACUUUGAGCAUGGAUCAGAUGGGUUUGUUCAGUCUACUUGGUGGCAUGAGACGACGAAGGUGCACAACUACUACAGUGUUGAAUUCUUCAUGGAAUCGAUUGUUCAGUCUACUUGGUGGCAUGAGACGAUGAAGGUGCACAAUUGAUACAGUAUUGAAUUAUUCAUGGAAUUGAUGACCGCAUUAAGGUAUAAACGUUAUUGAUGGCUCUAUGGAGGAGUAUAAACACCAUAAAAAUUAUCUGAUGAUUGUCCAAUUUCACAUGUGUUACCACAUAUAAAUUUCCCGGACGUGAUAAUAUUUGGAGAUCUUAGAAAUUACGAGAUUGCUCAAAAAAAUAUUUUGACGUAACCCUUAUGAAAAAUAUUUU